UCAAACAGUCUCUUCCUCCACAAAAGUUAACUAAUGUGACUUUCUGAAGCAUGCUAACAGUAGCAGCUAGCGGUUAACUAGCUAAUUCUUUGCGAGGUUAUAUUAGUAGAGCAGAUGAGUUCACCUUAAUGUCAACCGCCGGAAAGCACGUAACGUUUUUUUUAACCUGUGGCGAAAGUAACUAUCGCACAUUCAAUAAUGAAAUAAGACAGCAUGCAUAACGGCUCACCAGGUCAAGUGAACUGUAAGCCUAAGCUGAAAUAGAAAGUCACCUCGACGCUUGACUAGCUCAAUGCUAAAGCUUCGCUAACGUUACUGUUAUGGUUUCGUUCAGGAUUCCAGCAACUAUUGAUGAUCUUGAGGGGAAGAAGGACCCAGUUGUAGAGGACCCAGAGCACAAUGUGUACACCAGGUUUAUGAAGUCUCACCGGUGUUAUGACCUUGUACCUACCAGCUCCAAAUUGGUUGUGUUUGAUACAUCGCUUCAGGUCAAGAAGGCAUUUUUUGCUCUUGUUUCUAAUGGGGUAAGAGCAGCACCUCUGUGGGACAGUAAGAAGCAGUGCUUUGUUGGUAUGCUAACCAUCACAGACUUUAUUAACAUCCUUCAUCGUUACUACAAAUCUCCAUUGGUUCAGAUAUAUGAGUUGGAAGAGCACAAAAUUGAGACGUGGAGAGAGGUGUACCUUCAAGAUUCUUUCAAGCCCUUGGUUAACAUAUCUCCCAAUGCAAGUUUGUAUGAUGCCGUAUCAUCCCUGCUGAAGAAUAAGAUUCACAGACUACCUGUUAUCGACCCCAUGACAGGAAACACACUCUAUAUUCUCACACACAAGCGGAUUCUCAAAUUCCUAAAGCUCUUUAUAUCAGAGAUGCCAAAACCUUCGUUCUUGAAUCAAACCAUUGAGGAACUGAAAAUCGGAACAUUCCAGAACAUAGCAGUGGUCCGUGCAGACACACCGCUGUACACGGCGCUGGGUAUUUUUGUUGAGCAGCGGGUGUCAGCGUUGCCUGUUGUGGAUGACAAAGGUCGAGUGGUGGAUAUAUACUCAAAAUUUGAUGUUAUAAACCUGGCAGCAGAGAAGACGUACAACAACCUGGAUGUGACAGUGACCAAAGCCUUGCAGCACCGCUCUCAAUACUUUGAAGGAGUGCUGACCUGCAACAGGCAUGAGACCCUGGAGGCAAUCAUCAACAGAUUGGUGGAGGCAGAGGUGCACAGGCUGGUUGUGGUGGACGAGCAGGAUGUGGUGAAGGGAAUUGUCUCCCUUUCAGAUAUUCUCCAGGCGCUUGUGCUUACUGACAGUGAAGAGGGCACAGCUUGAUGAAGUAACUCAAGACAGGGUGCACAGUUUGAAGAGAAGGUCAGAACGACGGGAGAAAGAGAACAGGCAUGUGAAAGAGGAAUUAAGACUAUAUGUUGAAGUAUCAUCAUCUAUCUCCUGUAACCAGCUUUCCUAUACUCACACAUGAAGACUUUUCCCUCUCUGCAAGAAGUUUUAGCCACCCAGCAAUAUAAAAUGCUAAUAGCACAGGAAAUAUAAGAGUAAAUUGAGCCAAAUUUCAAGCCACACGAGAAAGCACAAGAGAGAUCUGAAAAGGAACUCUUUGCUCUCAGGAUGACCUGAGAUCAUUCCCACAUCUCUGUGACUGUACUUGCCUAUGAAUAAGGGGAUCAUUCAUUGUUGCGUUGAUUACAAAUGUAUUACCGAUCAUAAAUAAAGCAAUCAGUUACCAGCAAAAGAAAAACAAAACAACAAUAGCAAAGAAAAAAAAUUAACCUGUAAUUUUGUGUUGGUAGUAUUUCAUUUCUGUGAUGGGACUAAAAUUCACAUGCACAUAAGCCUGUUUAGGGGUAAUUUUAAACACUGUGUAACUUUGUCGCAUCAGCAUUCAGUGUUUGUUUUUUUGGUAUAUUAUGACAUUUGAGUAGUAUGUUAACAUCUUUUUUUUUCUUUUUUAUAACCUUGAGGAACUGCACUCUUCCAAUUUGUAAUACAUAUGGAUGGACUCAUGGUUACUGGUAUUUACCUGUGUGAAUGCGCCAUACAUGCAGGAUAUAAAAACUAGCGAUGAGCUAGCUUUGUGUAAAGUUUGUAAAAAUCAUUUAUCUUAAUAUAUAAUUCAAACACUAAACCUUGGAGAUGGUCAGUAGUUUGUACUGGUUAGUCAUAUUUUGAAAUGGUUUCACAGGCAUAAAAUGAUAAAGGCCUGGUCACAUCUAAUUAAAUUGUGAAAAAGCCAGGACUUUUCCAGGUUUAUCUUUAGGACCCGUUGCUCCAGAAAUAGCUCUGGAUAAUUUUAAAGCCAGUUUCAAUGAACUGAAAAUUUUGAUUCAUGUCAUUUUGUAAACAAUUAGCUGCCACAGUUAACAGUGUGUAAAGAAUUCAGGUCUGUUGUGUGGACAUACAACAAAGCAGCAAACUGGAAGAGCACUUAAGGCUCCCAAAACAACCUCAUUGGUGAAGUCUAGAACAGCAUAGGAGAAUCUGCUGUACAGACGACAGUUAAUUGUUGAUAUUUAUGGGUUUCAGGUUUUGCCAUUUUGUAUCAGUUACCAUAUUUAACAAGAUGUUUAAUGGACUGUAUAUUUCACUUUAAAGACACCUUUUUUUUCUGUCUGUUCUAUUACCCACUCUUUGGGUUUUGGCACUAUAAGUGUUAAAGGGAUUUGUGUAUUGUGUGGUCCAAAUAGUCAAAUUAACAAUUCAAAUUUUUGUGGUAUUGCUCAUGUACUGCUUUAUAUCUUUUUGGUUUGUUAUGUAGAUGUAACUUACAGUCAGUGAUGACUUGUCAGAUCAUCACAUCUUAUAAGUGUAUUCAACUGUUUUCAUUGUCAUUUCAUUUUGGGGACUUUUGGGGAAUAACUAAAUACCAGCAUUCUCUUCCAUUUCCAUAAUUUAAGUCACGCAUAUGCCACACUUCCUGUUUUGGUAUAGAUUAAUGUAUACAACUGUAUGUAAAUGCACAAGUUUUGUACUAAUCUGCAUUGAGAUUGUAAUUUAAAGGAUGAGCAAUAAAGUUUCUUUGAGCUUCUU